CACACACCCUCACUGCACAUGCUUUGAGUGGAACAGAUUCACAGUGCUGCACUGGAGUGAGACAACGGUGUGUGAUUGAGAGAGAGAGUUUAUUCUCACACCGCGUCAGCUCAAGGAAAGCACCAGUGUGGAGAAGUUGCAUGAACGGAUGACCUCAACAGAGGACCUUUUUUAUCAGACCAUGGAAGCCAAGAAUUGGAGCUAAAAGAAAAGAAGAAGAGUUUUUUGCUUGUUUGUUUGUUUGGUUUUUUAAACAAAACAAAACACUUUUUUGGCUGAAGUGGAAAUUAGAGUUUUGUCUGUGGGAUUACUGGGAACUUCAUUCAUGAGCUCUUGUCAUGUUGGUAUCCUGCAUGAUUGUUUCUUGUUGACAGGAGCCAUCUCUGUGUUUUGGAUUUCCCACGGAUCACAGUUUAUAUUCUGAACACAGUGUGUGAAUGAAGGGCGCGGGAUCAGGAAACAUGUCAAGCGGACGAUUCAGUCACCUGUUGAGGGGUGUCUGGUUUCUGUGGCAAGCUCUGUUGGUGGUAGGAACAGGGACAAAACUUUGGGAGGUGCCAACAGGUCCAUUUGCAUCCUCCUCCAACUUCAGUGAGAGCCUCCAGUGGGAGCCCCACUGUCAGUACCACAACAUACAGGACAGAGUGAGAAUCACAGCAGAUAUACCACCACAACUGGAUGGUACUUGGGUAUCAAUAAGAUGCGAAGUUCGUCCUGGUCCAGAGUUCCUUACCCGCUCCUACACUUUCCACCCCAACCGUCACUUCCAGGCCCUGCAGCACUACUAUACCGACAGCAGCUGCGAGGAUCCUAGCUACUCCCUGAUAGUCAGGGGAAAGAUCCGUCUGCGCCAGGCCUCUUGGAUCACCCGUGGGGCUACUGAAGCUGAGCAUCACCUCAGCAAAGUGGCCAUUGUGGUUCAUAGCCUUGCAGCCAAACAGAGGUUGGCCUCUAGGCUCCCUUCAACAUGCGUAGGUCUCAGCCUGGGUCGAGUGGUGCCAGGGAAGCUCUAUGAGCUAUACAACACCCGGGCAGGGAGGGGAUGUCUGGAAGCACUGGGUUUCUCCAUGAUUGAGAUGGGUUUAGUACGAGUAGAAACGCAAUACCACAGCCAUGGAGGGAAGGUCCAGGAGCUGUUCUUGGGGGAUAUCCACACUGACUGGACACAAAGAACUCAGUACAAACCUACUGGGUACCAGCAACCACUGCAGAAUGCCAUGCAUCACAUCCACCCCUGCCCUGUAUGUGCUCUGGUGUACCGCUCCUCAGACCAGCGCCCCCCUGUGUUGCCCCGCAGCCCUGCAACCUAUCUGUCUCUUGGAGGCCGAUGGGUUAGCCAGCGCUGUGAAACCCGUCCCAAUGUCCUCUUUCUUACCCGAGACUUCACCUUUAAUCCCCACCAGCACGCCUGGGAGGGCAUCUACCGGCACUAUUCUGACCCUGCCUGCUCUCAGCCCACUUUCACCCUGAGAGCCUCGGGCCACUAUGCUCAGGGAAACCCCUCCCCCAAAAUCUCAGGAGCCUCUGAGUUUGUCUUCAAGGUAACCCAGGUCAGAGCCACAGCCAUGGGGGAGCCCACAGCCAAAUUGCUAAACAGUACAAAGCCAGGGAAGUGUGGUCGUGCUAGAGGAUGGGAGGUCGGAAUAGAGCAGGACUUGACCCCCACAGACGGAUGCACCGUGUUGGGUAUCAAGCUGCCCCAUAAAGAGUACGAGCUCUUCAAGAUAGAGCUGGAUCACAGGAAACACCCACUGCUGUUUAUCGGCGAGAGGCCAACUGACGGGUCCAGUCCUGACCGACCGCUGAGGCGACCCACUUCCUUUCAGGCUCCCAUGGUACUUUGCAGCGGGGGAAGCACACAGGCCGCCCGCUCAGGUUUUAACAGCAAGCAAGUACAGUUAGCAGCCAGUGGGACAGAGAGGCUUCCACAGCUGGUCCUGCUGGUGUUUGGAUCUGUGCUUUGUGGCUGGCUCUGUGUUUACUAGACAUUGUUCACAAAUCAAACCUGUUAAACAUCUGAAGCCAGUGAUGGACAUUUUUUCCUGGCAGCUGUUUUUCAUUUUCCUUCCACAUGAUGACAUGUUCAUGACCACAUGUGAAAUAGGCAAGAAAGACAUUUAGAAGAUAUAUGCUGUCUGUAGGUUAACCUAAAUGACUCACUUCAUCUCCUUUUUCUAACAAAUCUGUAUAAAAGCCACCAAUAUAUACAAAUGCCAUCGUUUCAGUAUGUAAAACUUCAUAUAUUCUUUUGAAACAUGCUACCUUUGUAUGAUAAUCAAAAUGAUGCUCUCAAGUCACAAACUGAUUUCAAAUGUGGGUCUUCAUUAAAAUGCAAGCCAGGGCUAUUUCAGUUACUUUUCACCAAGAUGCAGUACAACUAAUGCACUUUGUAAAUAAUAUUUUAUCAGCAUAUUGGUAAGAACAGUUACCAUCACUGGUCAGGUUUUAGUGUAUUAGUCUUUUUUUCUAUCAACAGCCAGUCUAAACAAAUUAAUGAAAUUAAUAUUUAUUUUAUCCAUUUAUACUGUGCUUUUUCAUAAAAAUAUUUUUUGUCUAAUAUUUUAGUUAGUUUUGUCAUUUAAUAUUUCCAUGUCUAUUAAA